AUGGCUGAUGGAUGGACUGAUCGUUGUAGGUGCACUUUAAUUAACUUCUUGAUUUAUUGUCCUAAAGGAACUAUUUUCCUAAAGUUUGUUGAUGCUUCUCAUGCCUCCAAUAUUGCUGAUUUAUUGUUUAAGCUUUUUAAGGAUGUUGUCAACUUUGUCGGUCCUGAAAAUGUUGUUCAUAUAGUGACAGACAAUGCUACAAAUUAUGUUGCUACUGGAAGGUUGUUGGAAGCUGAAUUUCCUAAGUUGUAUUGGUCUCCUUGUGUUGCGCAUUGUAUUAAUUUGAUGUUACAAGAUAUUGGAAAGUUGGAUAAAGUAAGUGACACAGUUUCACAUGCUUCAAAGAUUACUAAAUAUAUAUAUAAUCAUUGUCAUCUAUUGUAUCUGAUGAGGAAGUUUACUGGUGGACGAGAAAUACUUCGUCCAGCUCCAACUCGCUUUGCUACCAAUUUCAUAGUUUUACAAAAUAUUCUGGCUCAAAAAGAUGCAUUAAGAGCUAUGGUAACUUCUAAAGAAUGGACAAUCUCAAUCUACUCUAAAGAAGUUAAAGCUAAAACAUUUGUGGAUCAAGUUUUAGACUUUAAGUUUUGGAAUCAAUGUACGGAUAUUGUCAAGCUUACCGAGCCACUUAUUCGUGUGCUCCGUAUUGUGGAUAGUGAAGAUAAAGUUGCAAUGGAUUUUCUUUAUCAAGCUUUUUAUAAGGCUAGAGAAGAGAUGGUGAAGAAGUUUCAACGAAGGAAGAAGAUUGUCGAGCCUUACUUGAAAAUUUUGGAUACUCGUUGGGAUUCACAACUUAAAAAAAAUAUUCAUGCUGCUGGCUAUUGGUUAAGUCCUACUUUUUGA